GAUAGCAGGCGGUGGAGGUCAGAGAAACUCCAAAAUGUCGGUUGGUGGUCUCACGUCCUUGAGCCGCUGUGGUGUGUUGGCGCUCCGCUCCCCCGCAGGACUGGUGGCGGUGCGGUGUGCCCAAACAGCAGCGGCUCCGGCAGCUCAACCCAGAGUAAAGAAGUUUCAGAUAUACAGAUGGGAUCCAGACACUCCAGGAGACAAACCCCGCAUGCAGACCUAUGACAUCGACCUGAACACCUGUGGCCCGAUGGUUCUUGACGCCCUGAUCAAGAUCAAAAAUGAGAUGGACUCCACUCUGACCUUCCGCCGCUCCUGCAGAGAAGGUAUUUGUGGAUCCUGUGCAAUGAACAUUAAUGGAGGAAACACACUUGCAUGCCUCAACAAGAUCGACACCAACGUUGGCAAGCCGACUAAGAUUUACCCUCUUCCACAUAUGUAUGUGGUCAAGGACCUGGUGCCUGACAUGAGUAACUUCUAUGCACAGUACAAGUCUAUUGAGCCCUACCUGAAGAAGAAGGAUGACUCAAACGAAGGGAAGGAGCAGUACCUGCAGACUGUGGAGGACAGACAGAAACUGGACGGGCUGUACGAAUGUAUCCUGUGCGCCUGCUGCAGUACGAGCUGCCCCAGCUACUGGUGGAACGGAGACAAGUACCUCGGGCCUGCUGUGCUGAUGCAGGCGUAUCGUUGGAUGAUCGACUCACGAGACGAAUUCACAGAGGAGCGUCUGUCCAAGCUGCAGGAUCCGUUCUCCCUCUACCGCUGCCACACCAUCAUGAACUGCACCAAGACCUGUCCCAAGGGCCUGAACCCGGGGAAAGCGAUAGCUGAGAUCAAGAAGAUGAUGGCCACAUACAAGAAGAAGGUGGCUGCCGUCUGAAACCUCAGUUGUCCUCUUGUACAACACUUCCCUCCAUGAUAUUAUUAUAUAUCGAUUUAUAAAAAUGCUUUUUGAGGUCUGAAGGGCCAGCGCACCAGUCAGCUCCACCACACACCACACACUGCAGACAGCUGUGAUGAAGAUGUGUGUGUGUGUGUGGUGGAAGGACUUGGUGUUCCAUUAACGCACAUGUACAGUAUGAAUGCAUGAGACAGAGAGAGAGUGUGUGUGUCUUGAGUCUUACAUGUACCAUAAAGAGGUAUUUAUCUUCAAUGCUACUGUGUCUAUGUUUGUGUAAUUGGGAGAUGCGAUUCUGCAUAUUAAAGUUAAAAGAGUUUCUUGUAUGUAAACAAUUCAACACUGAGCUUGUUGCUUUUCCAGGUUAGUGGUUGCUUCAAAGACAUACAGUGUAUAUUUUCCUUCAGAUCUUCCAACAUACCAACAGCAGUCUUUUUGAUUUGAUUGAAAAUAAAAAGUUGAAUGCC